AUGUCCACCAGGUAUACUCAUGAAGAGCGUGCGGAUACAUUGCAGGCACAACUUUCAGGUCAAGCAUCGGCAAAGACCAAGUCCAACAAGGCUGUUGCUCCAAGUACCCUGUUCACUGCAACUCUACAUGCAGUUUCCCGUCGUUCCCAAGGAAGAGAUCUCUCUUCUUUAGAGAGACAAUUGGUCGAUGCACUGGAAGUCUAUGCAAAUCCAAGUGAGAUGAUCAAGUAUGGAGAGAUUUAUAGAGAAAAUAAAGCCACAGCGCUCUCCCUGGGCAAUACCAUUUUCUCAGCCUCAGUUCUCGAGAUGGAUGAAUCAACACCUUAUACUGACGAAGAUUUGAUUCGCGAUGCACGUGCAGCAUUACCAGAGAUUCUCGCAAACCCUGCUAACUCGAUUGUGGAUAUUUCUUCUGUUGCUGACGGCUACUAUGUCGAAAGAAAGUAUGCCAACGACGACGAUGGUACCACCCCCGUUGGUGGCUCUGGCGGAGGAGUGACGGUUUUUACCUCUGGGCCAGAGGAAGAGAAAUACGAACCAAAGGAAAUAACGGCAGAGAAUCUCGACGCAAGAGCUAUUGAAUUGACUAGCACGACUAAUCUUUACCAAAUCUCCAUGAAUCGUUUCAAGUGUCUCCAGGCCCAAAGUGAUUCUGUUUUUGGGUCUAGAAACGAAAUCUUUUGGGCGAUAGCAUCAGGGGCAGAUAGUGGAGCCCAAAAGUCUUUCAAGACUGGGGAGUAUGGUUCCGUUUCCACUGGAACUCAAGUCCCGUUUUCGGGGGUCGACUUUUUCAUCGGAGAUAUACAAAACCAUCUUGCUGGUCACAUUGAAUGUUGGGAGGCAGAUGAUAGUUCAAGCAACUGGUAUGACGAAAUGAACAAAGCCUUGAAAAGCAUGGCAGGAUUCGCAAGCAGCAUGGAAUAUCCUUUCGCUCCUUUCCAAACUCGGUUCUUCAAUCAACAAAUGCCAACCUCUCAAAAUCCGACAGUUGAUGCUGCAGUUAACGCUGCCGAGGCCGACGAUUGGGGUGAUGCAACUGGUGGUACGGGAACUGGCGCAGCUAUAUUGGCUCUCACUGCCCUCUUUGCAACACUCUUGGGUGACCUUACUAUGUUUAUCAAGAACGACGACGACUUUAUUCAGAAACACGAUAUUGCUUUUACUAAAGCCGCAUUGGAUAGUAUCAUAUCGACGAAGCCCAACGGGGAACUAUCAUUGGUUUUUGAUGGCGGUAUUCAAGGCAAGCAUGAAUGGCAAAAUGGAACCUGGUGGGCUCCCGUUCCCACCCCAUCUGGCAACAGUCCUCACGGAAUGUCCAUUGCCGACUAUCACGGGAAUCUCGUCGGCGUCUUUCGCGAAAGUGGAAAUGCCGUAAAAUGGACCGUGUUGUCCGGAAGUACCUGGUCGAUCCCCAAAGCCAUGAACAUCACAUCCCUAUCGCGUCCGGCACUGGCGACUCAUGCUGACCGACUAUGGUGCAUGUAUCGAGACACGAGCGACAAAAUCCAAUUGAUCUCUACGGGCUCGGAUUUGAACUCGUGGACGACACCAGCCCAUAUAUCCCCCGGUGCGGUUACACCCGAUGGUCCCGCACUCGCUUCCUACAAGGGCAAAUUGCACUCGAUUGUACGGGGGACUACCGAUCGCGUGUAUUGGAGCUGGUCUGACGCAAGCGGAGGCGGAUGGGUUGGUUAUCGAACAUUCAACGGCGCGAGUAUCACCGCUUCUCCCUCUCUCUGUGUCUAUCAAGACCGUCUGCAGCUCGCUCUUCGCGGCAACAAUAAUGAACUUCGGGGCCUGCGCUAG